UCGUCCUCAGGCCUGCUCUUCAACCCUCCAUCCCCAGCCUGCACUGAUGCUAGGGAGUGCCCAGCCCAGGUGCAGGACCCUGCACUUGGCUUUUUUUAACCUCAUGAAACUCACCUCAUGAGGUUCUUGGAGGAGGUUCUGGUAACUUCCUCCCACCUCUGGACAUCAAGCCAUCAACCAGGGUGUGACCAUCAACCAGUUCCUCACCCACUGAACAGGCCACCCAGCAGGACCAUGGGGAGGUGCAGCAGGUGGCCCUGGGCUGAGGGCUCUGACAGCUGCAGUGGUGGAGGGGUGCUCAGGCGGGCUCUGCCUCAAUUUGGGAAGGUUCCACCACCCCUCCCAGGACUGGCUGUGUGACUGCCCAGCUGGCCAUGACUCCUGCCUCCCUGGGAAGGUGUCUGCUCUCCCCAGCUGCCCCAGGGCUGUGGGAUGCACUCACCUGCACCAGGGCUGUGGUUCAAAGGGUGACCCUGAGCCCUGGGAACAUCCAGCUGGGCCUGGUGCUGUCCCAGGACAUCACUUCAUGGCCACAUGGAAAAACACCUCUGAGGCCAACUGAUCUCAGAUGGACUUGGGCACAGGGGUGACCUGCCACACCCCAGGCACUGGCAUCUGUUCCAGUAUGUCCAGCCCUACUGCCACCCCACUGUGUGCCCACAAGCAGCCCCCCAUACCUCUCAGCACAGCCCUGUGUUUUUUGCCCCUUCUGCAGUCCAAAGGCUGUGGAGAGAACAGGCACAAGUCAGCACCCCAGGUUGCCUUCUGGCUCUGGGAACUGCGUAGGGCAAGGCAGGUGCCAGGUUUGCCCUGCCAGCACUGCCUGCAGCUGCAAGAAGGCAGCAGGGGGGACCUUCACCUGCCUUGGCUACCAGCCACGUGGCUCCUGGUGGCUAUAAAGCUCGUGGCCCUGGAGACACAACACUGUCCUGCCAGGAUGGCAUUCCUGUGGGCACUCACCUGCCUGGCCCUUGCCAGCACAGUCUCAGGCUGUGGGGUGCCAGCCAUCAGCCCCUCAGUGGAGUCCAGCGAGAGGAUCAUCAACGGGCAGACUGCAACCCCCGGCUCAUGGCCCUGGCAGGUGUCCCUGCAGAGCCGCUCCGGAUCCCACUUCUGCGGCGGCUCCCUGAUCAACCAGUACUGGGUGGUCACUGCUGCCCACUGCAACUUCAACCCCUAUUCCCAUGUCGUCGUGCUCGGGGCAUAUGACCUCUCCCAACCACAGAACGUGCAAGUGAAGACCGUGGCCAGGGCCAUCACGCACCCCAACUGGAACCCCAACACCUUCAACAACGACAUCACCCUGCUGAGGCUCUCCUCGCCCGCCCAGCUGAACUCCCGUGUGUCCCCCAUCUGCCUGCCCCCUGCCAACCUCAACCUGCCCAACAACCUGCAGUGUGUCACCACCGGCUGGGGACGCUUCAACCCCAACUCCCAAGCCUUGGCGACCCGCCUGCAGCAGGUGACCUUGCCCCUGAUCUCCCAGACCCAGUGCAUGCAGUACUGGGGCAACAGCAUCACCAACUCCAUGCUCUGCGCCGGUGGCGUGGGAGCCAGCUCCUGCCAGGGUGACUCUGGCGGACCUCUGGUAACCCUCAAUGGCAACUCCUGGAUGCUGAUCGGCAUCGUCUCCUGGGGCACCAGCGACUGCAGGACCAACACGCCGGCCAUGUACACACGCGUCAGCCAGUUCCGCUCCUGGAUCGACUACAUCGUGGCCCAGGGCUAGCGAGGUGCCCGUGGGCACCGUGGGUCGGCACAGCCGGCAAAGGGCCGGGCUGGAGCCAUCCCCACCUCCUA